UCCUUCAGGCUAGAUGCAGAAAUAUAAAGCAGAAAUACAGCCUUUGGGUUCGAGUAUACGCAGAGCAAGCCAAAAAAAAUAUUUAACUAAUAGGCCUAAGAUCUUGGAUUUUGCUCCAAACUGGAGUUUAGACAUGGGUUAAAUCAAGAUACUUAUGAGGUAUUCUUUUUACUUUGCACGCUCAAAGCCAACGAACUCAGCAAAUGCCAAGAAGCAGUGUCAAUAAAGAUGACUGGGUUGGGAGAUGGCUUCUAGAGGAACCAACGCGAGUUACUCCUAUCAAUGCUGCGAAUAUACCGUACAAAGCCAAGAAUAAGAACAAAGAAAAAGAAAUUCCAGACAGAAGGAUCAGCAUGCAUGAAAGAACAAACAACAAGAAGAGGUAACGAAAAGAUAUUUGCCGAUGGGUGGAGUGUAGAGAAGAGAAGCGGGACGUCAUUAAAUUAUAGGAUUGGAUGGCAUAGUCUGGAGGAAAAAGAUGAAAAAAGUCCCCUUGCCAAAAAUCAGCCUUUUAGUGCAUCUUGGUGGGGAGAUAUUUGCACCUUUAUGCUCUGAGAAGUUUGGGUAGAAGUGUGCCGCCGAGAGCUUCAAACCGGCUGACCCUUUAUGAGACAAAAAUUCAACGUAAAGGCUUCGCGUCCAAAAAGGCUCCCUGUUCAAGAAGCUAAAAGGUCAUUCUAUACACCUUCUUUAAGACUCAAGAUCCUGAAAGGCAUACCCUGUUUAGCCUGUGUACAGACCCCCCCCCCCCCCUCCCUUCAGGAAAAAUCGUAGGAGGGGUCUGUACACAGGCUAGACCCAGUUCAGCGGCACAUAUCCAUCCACAGGGGGGAAUGCUACACGAACUGGGUGCCCCUUACCUGUUCUUACCCUUCUCUUAUUUCGCUACCAUCACGUUACCAUUUCGCUACUUUUCAAUUUUGCAGCCAGUCACUUCCUCGAAGCAAAAGUUUUGGAGGUCCCGAGUCUUACGGCGUUACUGUGACCGCGACUGCUGUGAAACGGAACGAGGGUAGCAGUACGUUACCACCAUCAAAGUCACCUCAGCGGUAUAACUCAUCAAAUCUAAUUCAGGAAAAACCAGUUCGUGCAAGCAAUGCUGAUGACGUGGCCUCGCGGCCAGUAGAAAUGUCAUGGAACUCACAGGUGUAUGCCGCACCAGGUGACACAGUAGAGGUGCGCUUGCCGAGGGACGUGAUGGGACCAAAAAUGACUACCAGCGAGAGCACCUCGAGCCUCGAUUCAGUGGGAACAAUGGAUUCAUCAGUGAGCGGUUCCCGCAGGCAGGGACCUGCCCCACCCCCCAGGCGAAGCGUGUCCAAACUUCUCAGCUCGUUUCGGACACAAGGCCGACGGGAGGUUCCUGAGCAAGUGCAGAUUCCACCCAAAUUUGGUGCAGUUUCAAGAGUAUCAGAAGUCGCAGCUAAUCAGCCGAUUCACAGUGCGUCAAGAUCAUGGCCAACAGAACACGUGGUGGAAAGCAAGGCAAGCGGAAGUGACGUGAGACAGUCGUGGCACGCCGAGCCCGCUAUCAGUAGAAGAGAAGCGAAUUCUUCAACAGCUAGCGAUGGGCCUCCCGAGAGAAAACUUUCUAAGACCUCUAGCAUGCGAUAUAAGUCUACCGUUGUGAUUACAAAUAUGCGCUCUUCGUCCUCCUCGUCAGUAGAUGAGAACAGUGGUCCAACACUAUACCGAUCUGGGCAAACCUCACCAGAAGCCGAUAAGACACAGUCGGAUGCCCUUCAGCUGAAGAAAAAUGUAAGCGAGGCAGACUCGGCUCCUGUUAGAGCGUUUGGUGAUGCGGGCGGAUGGAUGUCACGUAAGCCAGAUUCUGAAGCAGAAAAGAGUCGGAUUGAAGAUACGCAGAUCUUGCAAAGGCUUCUUAAGGAUAAAGCUAACAAUGUUGAUCGGUCGCUGAGUGUGAAAUCAAGAGUUGCGAACUUCGAAGGAGGAUUGAGUCGAAGGAUAUCUGCCGGCGUGCCUCAUCGCGAGUUAAUGCGUGCACCACAGCGUUCAUCCAGUCAAGGAAAAAUUGAAGUUAUCCCGAAGCCACUGAAAUCAACCCCAGUCAACCAGUAAGUGAUUUUCACUUUUAGAGGAUUUUUUAAAUAGGCUAUGUCACGCUAAAAGCUAAAACGUGUCUUCGAAUCAAUUGAUAAUGGCAUAGAAACUGUUUUCUGUCGUCUGUUGCAAAGGAUGGCAGGGAUGGUCGUGGAAUGAAACUUGAAAAAGUUGGGCCAUCCUUUUCAAGUUUCAAUGCUGUGCCUGCAAAACACGCCACAAAAUUAUAAUUGUUCAUGUUCUUUGUGGGUAAAGAUACUAAGUAUUGAUUUCAUCACAUAAUUGACCCAAAACAGUAUUGUAUUUUUAAGUAAGCGCCUUAAUCAAACCAGAAUUAAGUAGUCAAAUUAACCAGCAGCAACUCGAAGCAAAUAAUGCCCGAGAAAAAAGAACUGGUUCUGCUGUAGUUUUGAUGGAGAUAUUAGCACGAGGUUGUUUAUCAGCCAAUCACAACGUGUAGUAAUGCAGAACACAGACGAGAAUUAUUUUACAUUGGUUUAUGGACCAAUCACCACAAAAGUAUAAAAUUCCCGCGCUUGACACCGGCUUGCACCGGCUGCAAUGUAUUUGCCUGGAAAUUUGAUUGGUUUGUUAGAUUUUCUCUGCCUGUUCUGAUUGGCCAGAAUUAUUGCUUUAGUUUCGGUUUUACGAAGUCGAUUGAAAACUGUUCUGUAAUUUCUUUAACGCUGGUUAAAGUUUACUGUUGUUGCAGACACGUGUUAAACACGAGACCGGUUCCCUGGAACAUAGCCUUGCGACAUUGACCCGUUUACAACAUUUCAAUAUCAUGACAAUAUCACCUGCUUUAAUUAGUCAUUAUUUCCUAGAAACUGCUGUGUCACAAUGCAAAAGAAAGAUUUGUAAACAUAGCCAAUACCGGAGUUUUUUUCCCAGUGGGUCGUACUUUAAUUAGCAGCGGAUGUUUUGAAGUUAUCAUUGACUACAACGGAUCCCUGUAAGGUUCAAGUUGUAAUUGGAAGAGCUUAAAAAUACCGUUAAGCAGCAAUUGUAAGUCCAAACGUAAUUCAAACAGUGAUUUUGAAAUGGUGCUAUUUAUAAUUAAGCGUUGUUGCUGAAGAAACGUGUAGUAUAACCGUUUAUGAACUUGACUUAAGAGCUCUCGCUCUUAAACGGAGGAGUUAACUUCCGUGGAAUGGUAGUCAUUUUCAACCACAAGAUGUCGGUAACGUUUUUUAAAAAGCCAAAACGUGUCUUCGUAUCAACUUAAUUCUAAACAUAAUGGGCUGGUUUUGUUAUUGAAGACUGUAUUUAGGCAUUGAAAAUAUUUCCUCACUUAUCGUCUGUUGGUACGGAUGGCAAUGAUAAACAUGGGUUGAAACUUCAAAAAAAAAAUGUGCCAACUUUUUCAAGUUUUAAUGCUAAGCCUGAAGUCACCAAAGGGUAUUAUGGUUAGUGCUGCCGGAUAGGAUUUAUUUAAUAUUCUUUUCAUAACUUUACCGGAUCAUUUUGUGUGCCGUUGAUGAAGACACUAAUUAAUGACUGAAACACAAAAAUUGUUAACCUAAAACAGCAAUAUCCACGUGACAAAGCCCCUUUGAAGCACUUAAAGCACCUGUGAUCCCACGAUGAUUUUUUUAAUGUGGUAUUUGUGGUUUGUGCUUUAAAGUUGAAAGGAUUUUAUGCCACUUUCGAAGUCAUGCAAAGAAUCUUCUGUUAUAUUGAUAAAGGGAUCAAACGGCAAAUUGUCGUUGCCCGAAAUAUCUAUAGGUCGUAGUGAUUCGCGGUGAUUCGUGUAUUAUGAGGAGUUUUUAAAACUGAUAAUGGACGACUGCGAGUUUUUUGAGUGGCUUCAAAAUCUCUGAUAUAGAUCAACUCAUUCUUGCACUGAUAUUUAGAUUUGGUGUUAUUUUGGUCUAAAGAAUUGAACGUGAAGUUAAGCCGUGUCUUUAUCAGAUAUAAAGACAGUCAUUAAACGUUAAUUUCUUUUGUUAUUUCUUUAUGAAUUAUUAAUGAGUUUUUGAAGAGGACCUAUCCAUUUCACUGCCAGAUUGAAUAAAGGAGUCUGGUCAAAGGAUUCUUUUGUAAUUUUUGAGUCUGUGGACCAAAUCUUAUGGUUUCUUAUGUCAAAAAAAAAUUUUUUAGUCUUAAUUUCCUUUGUCUCCUAGUCUUGAUAUUUUUUAAUAAUAAGGGGACCAAAUUUACGACCAGAAUACUUUUUCCUUUCAUAUUUACAUUUGGAAAUCCCAGUGAGGUUUAAAUAACAAAAGUCCUAAUUUGUAGAAGAAAGCAAAACCCCGAAGGAUUCUCGUCGUAGUAGUAAAAUGACGUCAUCGUGCAAAUGGUCUAUUGAGAAUCAAAUUUAUUGGAUCGAAAGAAAGCAUUUACAUAAGAAAAGAGUUCAAAAAUUUUUAACCUGCCGCCGAUUCAUUGUUUUGGGACCGUGACGUCAUAUAAAAACAACCAUUCAAAUGAAACCUGAACGUGUUUUUUUUGCAUAACCAUAUUCAAAAAACCUCUUUGGUUUUUACUAUUUGUUUUUUUUCAGAAUUGUAGGAAAAGGAAAUUUGGACGUUUUGUGAAUUUUGACUUUGGCCUCUCAAGGGUCUUUACGAGGAUCAUACGGGGUUCACUGCUUGCGUACAGUAAUUGCAUGAAUACGUAUCGGACGUUGUUUUUUUUUUUUCUUUUGUUUGUGGCAAUGGUCAUGAAAUACAGAUCAAGCUACAGCUUACUACUGCUCUUAAUAACUGCGGAAUUUUUAUUUUCACAGAUCUUCAUCUAUGGAUUCUCUCCUUGAGACACACUCUCCAGCGCGAUUUAACGAGCCGUCAACACAGAAGAGAUACUCGGCGUUAGACAGUUCUGCAAAAACUUUCGAUUCGUCAGCUCAGAAGCAAGAUUUCGUUCCAGAAAAUCGCCCGUCAACAAAAUAUAGCGCCAUGUCAACGGACAGUCGCGAGUCCUUAGAGGAUAGUCGUCCGAGAUUACCGCCUCCCAAUGACAAAACACCACCGAAACAUUGGGAAACAAACGAUGACUUCUUUCGAAGCAGAUCGAACGAGCAAUUCAAGCCACCAUCAAGGAGUACACCGAGUGUUGCAACAGACAGUGCAGGAACGAGAGAACUUAUGGUUGAAAAUCUGUCUUCCACUACACGUGUUGAAAAACAGCACGUUCCAGCGGAGCCUGUGAGGAAAAUCCGAGUCUAUGUUCCAGCCGAACAAAAGGUUAACCCAGACAUGGAAAGAUUUCCCUCUAGAAAUGAAAAGUCGUCAGUAUCAAAUCCCCACUCUGACUUUGAGCGAAAGCCAGUGGAGCCAGAAUUACCACCACCUUCCACUAAUGACGACAGCAAUGUCUUCUGGGAUCCUGACGAUUCUCUCCCGCCCCCACCUCCCUUAAAUCUUCUUGACCCGCUGGAGACCUCUCAAGAUAGCUUACCCCUCCCCUCACCUCCUCGGGAAGUGCUGGUUGAAUUUCCAGAUCCUUACAGCGACUUCAGUUCAAGAAAUUCUUCACAAAGAGAGCACUCGAUUGUAGGUAGCGAUAUUGUCCCACGGGAGGAAGUUGACGGGGUCCCAUCCCCUUUUGAAAGGGGCCAAAAAUCCAAAGUUGAACUAAACGGGUCAGGUAAAUUCGACACGAGUGAUAUCUCCGAACAAGCCUUGGAGACGACUACAAGUACGGAUUUGUCAUUCGCCGACACCUCCCCUUCAGAAAACAAAACGAGUACCCACAGGGCACCUCCGCCAGCUCCGCUCGUAAUAACCUCGACACCUACCAGAGAUGACCUGGAAGAGGCGGAUAACCCUCUUGAUUCGAGCCCCUACAGUUUAGGCUCCAGCACGUCCACUCCAUCUGGAAGUCGUCCUAACAGCAUGCUGAGUCCCAAACUUGAGGCUUUGGAUAAGGAAAAGGUAAGUUAAAUUUCUAUGAACUAGUAAGCAAUACUGCAUUACAGUUCAAGAACGUAAUGUAUUGGGCGCUUUCCACUCGUCAAAAAUUCUGGUUUGAAAUUUCGGAAAUUCCACACGCCCAGUGGAACAGUACAUUCCGGUUUCACCGGACCGACCCAGGCCACCGCACGUUUGGUUAUUGUUCUUGCAAGCAGGAUACAAAAAAGCGGUACUGGAGACAACAAUUUUGUCAAAUGGAAAGGGAUGUUUCGAUCCGACCGACCGACCGAAAUGAGUGCACCACCUUCAAAUAAAAGGUGAUCCCAAAUAUUCAGAUCGGACUGAACCGAAAUGAUCCCAGGGUUCUACCUAGGAUUUAUCGUUUGGGAGAGAAGUCCCGAGUGGCCACGAGUUUCCUGGCGGGAUCCGGGGGCAUUUCUCCCCGGAAUGUUUUGAAAUGGAUAUGCGCUGAGAUGCAAUCUGGUGCAUUUUGAAACACAAUUUUGAGAAAUGUUACAGCGGUAUUUUAUUUUAUUUUUUAGACAUGAUCAUGUUCCUUGUCAUAUAGUGUCCUUAGACAGGGAAUACUUACUUCAUGUGCACUGACCUCGUCGCGUCUGGAUGAUUUUUUCCAAUAUAGUUACUUAUAUACUGUAAUGAGAACCGUUUAUUUGGGGGGCGGGAAGCUGGGCAUUUUGGGGGGGGAAGCUUCUACCCCUAAAAUACCGUAGCCCAAACUUAGGUAGAACUCUGGGUCCGUUCCAUUUGAUUUCUAACCGAAAUUUCCGGAAUUUUGGGCUGAAUGGAAAGCAUCCGUUGUCUAUUAAUAGACCUUACUCCACGAUACGCGCCAUCUCUGCACACGCUUUACGACCGAUGGGGAAAAAGCAUGUCACGUGGUUUCUCAGGUAGUAUGAAACAGAUGAUAGAAGCUGACAAUCGCCUUUGACUUUGUUGAUUCCCCUAAAAUUGUCCAGUUUCGAAUUAAAAAUUACCGCUGACUACAAACAUCAACGACACAUUCAUACAGGGUUACCCCCGACGUAGAGUAAAAUAUUAAAAGUUCCGGCAAGUAUGUUUGAAAUUUGUGAAUACACAAUAGACAGAGUAAUACACAGGUCUUAUUCUUGUUGGAAUUUGUGAAUAUGUUUACUUCAGAUGGAAGCUAAGCCUGUAAAAAAUGCGUCUUCUCUUCUCUUAUUCAGCGGUCAUAGCGAAAUCGAAACUGGACAAAAAGACAGUGAUUGAUUAGAGCCGAAACUAAUUGUGGAAUUACACAUAUUUUAGACACCCUAAUGAUGGACAAUUACGACAUGUAGCAACACCAAUUUGUCACCUCUCCUCUUUGAAUGGAAUAUCUGUAAGUUGCAAGCUCAAAGUUUAUGUUAAAUAUUUUUGUUUAUCCUCAGAGUGUCCUCAUAGAUAGCAUGAAACAAAAGAUAGUAGAUCUUAGAUCACAAAUGGACGAAAUUAAAGACGAAAUCAAUGGCAACGAGGAGCUUGGCGAAAAAGUGACCAAGGUUGUGGAAAAAAAGGCGAGUCCGGCGGAAUUCUCAAAGUACCAAUUGUUUACCGGCGAGCUGAAUAAGAUUAUUGGACUGUUGUUGAUUCUGACGCAGAGAAUGCACAGAUAUGAAAUGAUGCUGAAUGAUUUGGACAUGUCCGAAGAAGCAGAUAGGCAACAAAAGGUGAGAAGUCUUGAGCCUUUUUUUAUCUCAAGAGUCAGUAGACGUUUUUCAUUUCAUUAACCGUCAAACCUCUAGAGGCUGUGUCACGCUAUUUGUUAGAGCGAUUUUCGUAUGAUCUGGAAAAAUGGUUUCGGUAAGUGUUCGUUAUUUGUUUUAUCAGCCAAUUGAUGUAAAGAUCAAAACAUGGACUUUUCGUUUUCCCGCCAAAGAAAACCCUAAUAUCAUUGGAGAAGGCAUUGUUCGAUUGGCCAAUCGUGUUGCAGUAUGACGUCAAAGUGAAGUAUCGACCAAUCAAAUCGCUCUAUUUCCGUUCGUUUGUUGUUUCUGUUUUGUUCCUGCGUUAUCAUUUCAAGGUCAUACGAAAAUCGCUCUAUCUUGUUGAAAGGCUACUAAAACGUGUUUUCGCAUCAAUUGAAUUGCAAAUAUAAGGACUGUCUUUAGGCAUUGAAACUGUUUUCUGUCGUGUGUUGCUACGGAUGGCGUGGAUAGACAUGGAUUGAAACUUGAAGGAACUGGGCCAAUUUUUUCGCGUUUUAAUGCUAUUCCUGCAAAAAUCACCAAAAAUAUCAUUGUGGCUAGUACGUCGUGAUAACAUCUGUUGGAUAUCUUCUUCGUACCGGAGCAUUUUAUGUUAAUUUAAGUAAUCGUUAUUGUUGUGUUGCUGUUAUUUUCAGGAUAUUUUGCUGAGCAAAAUAGACAAGGUUACUUUACAACACGAGGAAGCUUGCAAAAUCAAGGAAGUGAACGAUAAACGCGGAGAAGUCGUGUCCAAGAUUUUGGAAAGUUGUCUUGAGGAGGAGGAAUUCGCCGAUUUUCAGUACUAUAUAGACAUGAAAACACAGCUUGCUUUGAUGCACGCAGAAAUUCGCGAUAAAGUUAAAAUGGGAGAAGAAAGACUGAACACUUUAACUUCAACAAAGAUUGACUGGAGCAUAUUUAGCUUGACUUGAGUGGUUUUGGGUCUUUCAUCGGUUAAAGACGUAUUGUCGAAGAUGUACCGAAGAUGCUAAAAGUGUUGCUCUAAAGGCCACCGAAGGUUACCGAACAGUUACGAUGAGCGACCCACGGAACUUGCAAAGUAACAAAUAUUUUGAUUAAUUUAGAAUAUUCCACUUUUUAAGAAGAAAACUGUUGGCAAACGCUGUCGUUUCUUGGCUGUUUUUGUAGAAUUAUUUUGGUAUAGAGAGAAAUUUUUUCUAGUGGUGAUUGAUUGCAUCGAGAUUUACCACAGGGACGGCGGGGCGCAGCACAACGAUCGGCAGAAGUCGAAAAGUUUUAGCUAGUUUUCGAACUAAAUUAACCAGUUAUUUCAUGCACGGACACGCUUCCGAAAGUUGUCAGAGAUAUUCAAUCGCUUGGUGCCUUGUAACGAAAAGCGCCGGCUCGAGCAGAGGUCAGAUGAAUUUAUUUUAUCGAUUAUUAUGAGAGAGCCAAUAAUCUUCACAGCUUGUAAAUGUGGAAAUAUUUUUAGCUGGUAGGUAGCUUCUUGUUCAAGCUAUAAAAUUGUGUACAGAAAAUUCGUUCAAAGUGAUGUGAAGGUUGGUCAUAAAGGCCUUCAAUGCAGUAUAGAAAUUUUCCGGAAGAAAUUUACGGCUCUUAAUUGCAUAGAGCAGGUAAUAAUUCCUUAUUUAUAGCCAAAAAAAUUGAAUUUAUACCAACAUAACGUUUUUCCUUUGAUUUUCAUAUAAAUAAGACACAGUGAAAUCUUUUGUGGCAGUGAAUAACACACUUGCUAAUCGCAUAAGUUAGGCACAGUUUGAAACAAAACGUCCUUUUUCGAAAGAAGCGCGCAUCCGCGGGAAAUAAGAUCUGGGAUGCUCCUUGGUCGGUCCUGGCACGUGCUGUUUUGAUUGGUCCGUGCUCGUAACACGGGCUUUUGGACCAAUCAACAAACGAGUGGAUCCUGAAUGUGGUUGCCUAAACGACUAGAAAAACCUAUUUUUUUCAGGGGAAAAGUCUGUCUUGAAUAAGAGAUUUUAAAAGGGGCUCUUUCACGAUACUGUGGGUGGUCACGGCUUUACAACGUAGAGAGUUGUCUCGAUAAUUACAAGGAAAUUCUAAUUAUAAGUUGGAUAAAACAGUAAAACGCUUCAAUGGUUGUAGUAUACUCUAUAAAGAAUGGACGAGAUUAACGUGAGCGAUGGCAAACGGAAAACUGAAAUAUUCACGCUACAUUUUUUAAGACAAAGAAUCGUGACACAGCUUCUUAAGCCCCAACAAUAAUCAUACUUGUAAUUUGAAAAUUAUACGAAAUUGUACUUGAAGCCAUAAAUUUUUCAUCUUUUCGACAUGUUAUGUGAGGGAAGUAUUUGGUUCUUCGAGAUGACGAACCUUUUUUACCUAAAACGAGAUAAACGUUCGUGUUUGCUAUUUAUCAAUUAUUCUUUUAUAAGUUACCAGAAUUUCUUCUUAAAUUAUUGAUACAAAAGUAACUAUGAAAGAAACGUUCUUUUAUACUUCAGGGCCCAGUUGUUCGAAGGCCGAUUAGCGCUAACCCAGGGUUUUCUUUUCAUCAAAAGCAUUUUCUCGGACGAUUUUCUCUAUUCUUUUUAGAGUAGCCAAUCAUCAAAUUGUUGACAAAAAGAAUUAAACUGAAUUUGCUUUUUAAGCUUUCCAUAUCUGAAUUCAAAUUUCGAACUAACCCUGGGUUAUCGUAACCCACCUUUGAACAACUCGGCCCAGUAGAUUAGUCAACAAAGUAUUGCGUGACUUUGUAUAGGACUUAUAGACGGAGUAUUGCGUGACGAUCUGAAAAGUUCGUUUGCGUCACGGAAAUGACGUUUUUGUGCAGUUGCAUGGGUAGAUUUACAUCAACAACUUGCUUGAUAAGGAUUGUGUGUAAGGGCAGAAUUUCUGAAAGUAUUUUCAAUAAAUGUCUUGGAGGAUAAUGGUAGCGAUGAUCCUUCGUUUGUCAAUUUCCUUUUGUCAAUUGAUUUUUAGCUACCACUAUUGGAAUAUUUCAUUUAUCGAUUUAAUCCGCUAAGUUAUAAAUACGCUUGUACAAUCUGCUCCAAGCUUUCGUGAUAAUGUCUACACUAAGGAUCUUAUCCAUCGAACUCAUAAGUUUGCAUUACAUUGCACGACCCGAAAGUGUGAGAAGUUGUUCGGUGUAAAUCGUGUUCUUGAAAGGCACGCAAUACUUUUUUUCUUUAGCGGGGGAUAAUAAACAGCACUGUGCUGGGCUCAGUUCCAACCGUUCUUUUCCUUGGUUAGAAAGUCUCGAGGCUUAGAGAGAAUCUAAUUGAAAAACUUUACAAGUGGGGUUAACAAGGAAAUUCGAUAAUUUUGUUGGUAUAUUUAGCAGUACGUUUUUAACAGACAUGAACAAGUUGUGGUAUAUAAGCAAGUAUAACUUUAUCUUUUCGUUUGUCAAGGUAAAAAAGAGAGAUAAAAGAUUAAAUUGGUAGCUUAUAAGGUG